ACUCACUCAACAGUGAAUUGGUUGGAAUUGGUCCCGGCUACAUUUAACAGUGUAGUGUAGUGGCGUGAACAAUUUAUAUUUUGUCUUUUAAAUCAUAAACUAUAGUACAAUAUACUGCGGUGCUUAAAUGAAUAACAGUAAACGAAAUUUUCGACUUUCCCCACAUAGAAAGUGUAACAUUUAACAAAAUAAUAACUAAUUUGACGCAGAAUUUUACAAUUUACUUGCUCGUGUUUGACUGUUACAAUAAAAAAACACCAAAACAGUAGUCCAACAACAUUCUAGAAGUUCUUUUAUUGAAACAAACAUGGAAAACAAAACUGAAUUUGAUUAUCCGCAUACAUUUGUACUCCUCGGUGCGUCUGGGGACUUGGCUAGAAAAAAAAUUUAUCCUACUAUCUGGUAUUUAUAUCGUGAUAACCUUUUGCCGCAUAACACCAAGUUUAUUGGUUAUGCGCGUACUAAGCAAUCUGUUUCCGAAGUAAGAGAAAGGUGUCAAAAGUACAUGAAAAUACGCCCAGGAGAAGAAGAAAAAUUAGAGACAUUUUGGAAUGCCAAUAACUAUGUAGCGGGAUCUUAUGAUGGAAGAAUAGAUUAUGAGUUUCUUAACCGAAUCAUCAGUAAUCACGAGAAGGGCCCUAUUGCAAACAGAAUUUUUUAUUUAGCUGUACCUCCAACGGUCUUUGAAGAUGUUACUGUAAACAUAAAAAAUGCCUGUACAUCUAGCAAAGGUUUUACUCGUGUUAUUAUUGAAAAACCUUUUGGACGUGAUGAUGUCAGCUCUGAGAAACUAAGUAAUCACUUAGCUGGACUAUUUAUCGAAGAACAAAUCUACAGAAUUGAUCAUUACCUUGGUAAGGAAAUGGUCCAAAACUUGAUGACCAUAAGAUUUGCAAAUCAAAUAUUCAAUCCAGCUUGGAAUAGAGAAAAUAUAGCAUCUGUCCUUAUAUCAUUUAAAGAACCAUUUGGAACUGAAGGUAGAGGAGGGUACUUUGAUGAUUUUGGCAUAAUAAGAGAUGUCAUGCAAAAUCAUUUACUACAAAUACUUUCCUUAGUUGCAAUGGAAAAGCCUGUCACUCUAAAUCCUAAUGAUAUUAGAGAUGAAAAAGUGAAAGUUUUGAGGCAUAUCCAACCAAUAGAAUUAAAAGACAUUCUAAUUGGGCAGUAUGUCGGUAAUCCUGAAGGUCAAGGUGAAGAAAAAUUAGGUUAUCUGGAUGAUCCAACUGUGCCUGGAGACUCCUUAACUCCCACAUAUGCUCUUGCUACUUUGUGGAUCAACAAUGCAAGAUGGCAAGGUGUCCCCUUUAUUCUAAGAUGUGGAAAAGCUCUGAAUGAAAGAAAAGCAGAAGUUCGCGUUCAGUAUAAAGAUGUUCCAGGUGAUAUAUUUUCUGGACAUGCAAAACGAAAUGAACUGGUCAUAAGAGUCCAGCCAGGAGAAGCCUUAUACUUAAAAAUGAUGUCUAAAUCUCCAGGAAUGAAAUUUGACUUAGUUGAAACAGAACUAGACCUCACUUAUAGUGCACGCUACAAAGAAGCCAGUGUACCUGAUGCAUAUGAAAGGCUCAUAUUGGAUGUGUUCACUGGUACCCAAAUGCAUUUUGUGCGUAGUGAUGAAUUAAAAGAAGCAUGGCGAGUAUUUACACCUAUUCUCAAAGAUCUCGAAGAUAAUCACAUUAAGCCAGUGCCAUAUGUUUAUGGAUCUAGAGGUCCUAAAGAAGCUGAUGAUAAACUGGCUGGAUAUGAUUUCAAGUAUUCUGGGUCUUAUAAAUGGAAAAAACCUAUUCAUUGAUUUAAAAUAAGUCUGUAUUGGUUUUCAGGUUGUAGGUAAACUUGGGUCGGUUUUUAUUUUAAAGGUGCAUAAUAAACAUAUACAUAUUUAAAAUUUGAUCAACAUUUCAUCAAUAACUCAAUUCUGAAGGGUGAUAAGUAGGAUUUAAGUUGACUGUGAUUAAAAGACAAAAAGCAAUUAA